UGCCCCCUUCCCACCUAAAAAAGUCAAGCCCUGUUUUCCUCCCCUUGCACUUUCCAAACCUCUCGAUGAGCGAAGAACUAUUGAAGUCGUCCAAAGCUAUGCAGUACAAUAAGAUAGAUAACUCGAGGUCCGAGUCUGAAGAGCCAGCGAUUGAUAUAGAUGAUCCAUUUGACUUUUCUCUUAAGGAAACUGAAGAGCAGUGGAUGAUUGAGAACAAAGAGAGGUUCAGAAAGCUCCCAUGGUAUAGAAAGCCUUCGAGACCGCUUCUAUACUCGGUGUUAGCACUACACGCUUUUUCCUUCACCGUCCUUUUUGGGCCAUUGGUGUUAUUGAUGCUGGAAUCCAUUUGUCAAUAUGAUCCAACAGAAGGUCAGAGCAGUGGUAUGGGCAUGCGUGAUGUUGGACGUUUCUUGAUGAUGGUUAAGAGAAUGGAUAUGGGUGGUAGUACGCCGGACCAGGGGUCUGACUGUAAAAACCCAAACUCACAACAAGUGCUCUCCAACAUUCAGAGCUUCCUCUCGUUGAUUUCUGGACUCUUAGGAUUCUUUGUGAGUGGUAAACUUGGACAGAUGAGUGAUAUCCAUGGACGUGUCUAUGUGCUCAGAAUGCUGGGUCUGCUAAACUCAUUCCAAACACUGUGUAUGAUUGCAUAUUUUGUGUGGUAUGGUGGCUAUAACAAGUUCUUGAUGGUGCUUGUUUGCUCAAUAGGCCACUUUGGUGGUGGGAUAAUGACGUUGAUAUCAACAGGAAACAGUUAUCUGACCGAUAUCGUCACUGAUGAGAAAAGAACCAUAUCUAUUAGUUGGAUGAUGAGUUGCGUUUAUCUGAUGCUUGGUUUGGGUCCUCUCAUAGGUUCUGCAGCUGUUAAGAUUUCAGAUGGUGACAAUAAAGUUGUGCUGUAUAUCUCUUUUCUCACUGGGUUGGCCUCCUUGAUCUUGAUGUUUACCAUGGCUGAGACAAGACACCCAGAAGCCAUGAUUUCAGCACACCAGGAGAUUGCAAACAAGUCUGGAGCUGUUAUGUACCACGAGAACAAAAUCGUGAACGCAGCUUUAUCACUGUACUACAGUUUCAUCUCAUUUUUCAAACCUAUGAAGAGAUUAUGGCUUGAAAGGUCACCUUCUGGGUCCUUGGUUCCGAGAAUCAAUGUCUUGACACUUAUAUUUGUUGACCUUGCCAAUAUGGCUGCAACUGCAGGAACAAUGAGUGUUAUCACGCUUUACACAGUUUUGCAAUUCAAAUGGACCUCGGUUGAGAUUGGCUACUAUAUGUCUAUAAGUGGCUUCGGUAGAGCAGGCGUUCUGCUUCUCGUUGCUCCGCUGUUCUUAAAGACACUGCAAAAGGUCUUUCACAUGGAGCAAAAGAGCGACUCGCUUGACAAAAUGGACAAAGCGUGCAUUGUCAGCUCCCUUGUCUUUGUAUUUCUAUCAAGUCUACUGCUCAUUGUGUGGGAUAGCUCCACAGCAGUCUACCUUUCCGCACUGUUACAAUCGCUCAGUGGGAUGGUUUCUCCGACAAUACAAAGCUCAAUAAUCAAAUACAGUUCCAAGAAUACCAGUGGGGAGAUGUUUGGCGCAAUGGCACUUGUAAGACACCUUGCCAUGCUCAUACUGCCGGUGACUUUCCUGCAGAUUUACUCGCACACUGUGGACUUUUGGCCAAAAUUCUUUAUGUACAUCCCAUUCGUGGGCUCAAUUCUAACACUGGUGGUGUCGGUUAUCUUCCUCAAAGAACACCAUGAGCUGUAUUAUUGAGGCUCGGCCUAAUUGAUCGUAUAGUGGAAUACUCGA